CACUCAAAAUUGAAACAACGCGGACCAACGGCCGACAACGCAGAGCAGAGCCCAGUGCGAAAAGAAUUUCAUAAUCAAAAGUUAAUUGAGCGCUAAAACAAACACUCUAAAAACCAAAAACAAAUACAGCUAGCAAAGCUACAACCAAGUGCCAAGCAAAAAAAAGUGGAAGCCAAAGGCUUGAAAAUUACACAAAACCCCAAGAAAACCCCCAAACAAACGGAUUACACUCACAAAAUGGUCGUCGAGGAGACCUGCACCAUGCACCUGGACCGCGACAUGGAUAUGGAUAUGGAGCUGGAGCUGGAGCUGAACAUUGACCUGGCCAUGGAGUGCGCCCCCAUUGGCCGCGUGGUGAAAUCGGCCCUGCUGAGGGCCCAGAGCGAGGCGCGGGUGAUCGUCGGCCUGUCCGCCGCCAUCAACGUGCUCUCCAAGUCGCCGGAGGGAUCCCUCUUCUGCCUGAUGGCCCAGCCCAAGGACGGCGACUCCGCCACCCACAUGCACGAGGUGCUCCUGGAGGCCUUCUGCUACGAGAACGACAUCUAUGUGAUCAAGGUGGACGAUGCCACCAAGCUGAGCCGCAUCCUGGGCCAGGACUCCGUGGAGUCGUGCUGCCUGGUCCAGAAGGUCUGGGCCGAUGCCCCCGAGGAGCAGCUGACCAAGGCCGAGAACCAGCUGGUCGACUACUGCGAGGCCCACUGGGACGCCCCCCAGCAUCCCAUUGUCCAGCUGCCGGCUGUGUAGGCGCGUGCGAGCGGGACAGCCAGAGAAUUGAACAGGCCCCACGAGGACAGUGGGCCACAAGAGGUUUAAAUCGCACAAAAUUUCGAAACGGAAACCAGUUGCCGGGGGGUUGAUGCACCCGAACGUCUUGGAGAGUUCCUGAGGGAAUCCGACGUUUCGGGGCGUUGCCAGACGCCCACCAGGCAGAAGAUAUAUACCUACAUAGGCUAUAUAGCAUACGAUAUAUAUACAGAUAUACCCUAGCCUAACUGGAGGAGCAGCGGGGAGAGGAAGAGCAUUGAUAAGCCGGCGCCUUGGCGAAUAAUUGAAACUGAAAGGCGACCUUCGAGGCGGUAGAACCUGCACUCGAGAUACAGACACCCGCGGAAGUCGCACACAGAUACUCACGCACACAGCCAGGGGGCAGCAUCACACACACCGAAGCGCGUGACCAGCUGCCAGGCCGCACAUUCAUAUUGCAUCCUACAUACAUACAUAUAGCCAAUUUGUUUCUGUAUAAUUUUUUCGCUUUAAGCGUCGCGCAAAUUUACUGAUAAUGACAAUUAUUCUGUACGCCGUAAAUUGUAAAUUACACUUAUAAAGAGAGCAGCAAAUUGCAUGUAUAAAUUAAAGUUUUGUUAUGUUAGCUUUUCCCCAAGAAGAGAUGAUGAAACCCAUUGAGAAAAAACACAAAAAAAAUUGUUAUUUAGUUUAAGCACAAAACUUGAAUUGAAAAGAU